CAACCUCACUAAAGGUAAAUUUUACCUUUGCUUUCGCUCUCUCCAAUCCCCUCAUUGCUUUUUCUGUUCUCCCUCCAAAACUUUCUAAAUACGCCCCCCCCUUCCCCGCCCCAAAAGAAAAGAAACCCCUCACUCUCUCUCCUUUCUGCUCUAGGGUUUUGUGUUUUGCGUUAGGGGAUGGGGAGGUAUCGGAGCCGAAGUAGAAGCUACAGUCCACGUCGCCCUAGCAGGACGCCGACACGUGGCAGGAAGAGGUACGAGGAUGACCCUCGCGAUCGUUACCGCUCCCACCGAGACCGCCGAUCCCCUGCUCCCUCCGGCUUGCUCAUUCGCAACCUCCCUCUCGACGCUAGGCCAGAAGAUCUUAGGGUUCCGUUUGAGCGGUACGGUCCAGUGAAGGACGUGUAUCUGCCAAAAAAUUAUUACACGGGGGAGCCAAGGGGCUUUGGUUUUGUGAAGUUUCGAUAUGGUGAAGAUGCAGCUGAAGCAAAACAACGAAUGAAUCAUCAAGUUAUUGGUGGACGUGAGAUAAGGAUUGUUUUUGCUGAGGAAAAUAGAAAAACUCCUCAAGAAAUGCGCCUGAGUACCCGCACAAGUGGUCGACACGGAGGAAGCAGGAGAACACCACCAAGGUCCCCAAGAUGCAGAUAUCGCUCUUACUCUCGCUCGCCUUCACCUGCUAGGCAUGAUUCAAGGGAUCGGGGAGUGAGAGAUGAUUACCGCUCCCUCAGGCGAUCUAGAUCAAUUUCACAGGAUCGGGGAAUGAGAGAUGACUAUCGCUCUCGCAGUCGCUCUAGAUCUAUUUCAAGGGAUCAUGGGGCAAAAGAUGAUUAUUGCUCUCCCAGGCGAUCUAGAUCUGUUACACAGUCUCUUUCUGCACGUUCUCCACAUGGUGAUAGGGAAUACAGAACCAAGCCAAGGUCCCCAAGUCCUAGGGAGAAUGGUCGGAGUUCCCAUGAUGAGAGAGGCUAUGCGCGUGGCAGGCCAAGGAGUCCAAGGCGUGACAGUCUCAGUCCUUCAAGGUCUCAUUCACGAUCCUUCAGUCCUCGCUAGUACCUUUUCCAAUUAUGGUGCCUUCUUGUGGUGAUGUGCAUGUGGUUGCUGCUGGAAACUGUAAUAUGUGUUACUUUGGUGUUUAUUUUAGGUGAAGGUAAUAUUAUGAGUUAGUAUGGGAAGAUUAAGGACGUUUUCAAACUCUAGCAGUUUUAAGUAUUCUUAGAUGUAUGGCUGCAUCUUGUUUUUAAGGAUUUUGAGAUACAAUGUCUGACUGAUGUUGCAAUCUACCUUACAUCUUUAACGGAUUGAUCUUUA